AUGCAAGAUAAGCUUGCCAUAAUUGAUAAAAAUCAAACUUGGGAACUCGUUGAAAGACCUGAACACAGAAAAGUCAUAGGUGUGAAGUGGAUGUUUAGAACAAAGCUGAAUGCAGAUGGCUCAAUCAACAAACACAAAGCAUGGUUAGUAUUAAAGGGGUAUGCUCAAAUUUUUGGAGUAUAUUUCUUUGAUACUUUUGCUCCGGUUGCAAGGCAGGAUACCAUUAGGAUAUUGCUAGUUAUCGCAACACAAAAUGGAUGGAAAAUCUGCCAACUUGAUGUCAAGUCAGCUUUCUUAAAUGGAUUUUUGGAGGAAGAAAUCUAUGUUGAGCAACAUGAAGGUUUCCUUAUGAAAGGACAUGGGGACAAAUUCUAUCUAUUAAAAAAGGCUUUGUAUGGUUUGAAACAAGCCCCAAUAGCCCAGUACAACAGGAUUGAUGAGUACUUAUCAAAACUAGGCUUAGUUAAAAGUCUUAAUGAAUCUAAUUUAUACAUCAAAGUCACUGGCAGUAAUGUUGAACUUAUUCAACAGUUCAAGGAUGAUAUGAUGCAAGUAUUUGAGAUGACAAACCUAGGAGAAAUGUCCUAUUUCCUUGGUAUGAAGGUUAAGCAGAACAAAGGUGAUAUUUUCAUCUGUCAGAGGAAGUAUGCAAAGAAGAUCCUGAAGAAAUUCAACAUGGAGAAUUGUAAAGGGAUGAUGGUUCAGAACACAAGUAGAAGAAGCACUCUACAGAAGUUUAAUUGGUUGCUUAAUGUAUCUCACAACAACAAGACCAAAUAUCUUGUAUGUUGUAAAUGUACUUUCAAAAUUGAUGAAUUAUGCAAAACAAUCCCAUUUGAAAGCAGCAAAAAGGGUGCUAAGGCUUUUAGCUUUGGAUCAAGGAUGUUCUCUUGGUGUUCCAAAAAACAAGAAACUGUUGCACAAUCAACCGCUGAAGUAGAAUUUAUAGCAGCCACAACAGCUGUUAAUCAAGCCUUAUGGUUAAGGAAAAUACUAACUGAUUUGCACUUGGAGCAAGAUACAACUAUUGAAGUAAUGGUGGACAAUCAAGCAACCAUAAUCAUCUCUAAAAAUCCAGUGUUUCAUGGAAAAACGAAGUAUUUCAACAUCAAAUUAUUCUUCCUUAGAGAUGUACAGAGGAUUAGUUGUUUUAUUUUCUGUUACUUAGUAGCUAUGUUAGUGGUUGAUUAUUAUUUAGGAAGUCCGUUAUUAUUGCUUCCUGUUACAACAGAUCUUUGCCAUCACAUCUUGCAGCUAAAAGCUUUUAAUUGUUUAACUCUUAUUUACUUUUGCUUGAGGGGCCAAAAUUCCUUACUUACCAUUUUUUUUAAAAAUUUCUUUCCAUUUCUAUACGUAUAUUGCCUCAUGUUUUUAUUCUUUUGCUGUGCAGGCUAUCCGCUAGAUAAUGUAAGGCAAUUUUCUGAUAAAGAACUGAGAUUAGCAACUGAUAAUUAUAAUCCAAAGAAUAAGAUAGGACGAGGAGGUUUUGGAACCGUUUACCAGGGAACCUUAAGAGAUGGAAGGCGUAUAGCAGUGAAGACUCUCUCAGUUUGGUCAAAGCAGGGAGUUCGCGAAUUUUUGACUGAAAUUAAAACUUUGUCAAAUGUUAAACAUUCAAACCUUGUUGAAUUGAUUGGAUUCUGCAUUCAAGGACCUAGUCGUACAUUAGUCUACGAGCAUGUGGAAAAUGGAAGCCUUAAUAGUGCCCUACUUGGCACAAGGAAUAAAAACAUGAAACUAGAAUGGAGAAAAAGGUCUGCUAUUUGUCUAGGUAUUGCUAAGGGUCUUGCAUUUCUUCAUGAAGAACUUUCACCACCUAUUGUACACAGAGACAUCAAAGCUAGUAAUGUACUACUUGACAGAGAUUUCAAUCCCAAAAUAGGUGAUUUUGGGCUGGCUAAAUUAUUUCCAGAUGACGUCACUCACAUUAGCACAAGAAUUGCUGGAACAACAGGUUACUUAGCACCGGAAUAUGCAUUAGGUGGCCAGUUAACCAAGAAGGCUGAUAUAUACAGCUUUGGGGUUCUUAUACUUGAAAUAAUUAGUGGCAGAAGCAGUGCCAGAAGGACAAACGGGGGAGGAUCACACAAAUUCCUCUUGGAAUGGGCCUGGCAACUUUAUGAAGAGAGGAAAUUGUUGGAGUUUGUAGAUCAAGACAUGGAAGAAUUUCCUGAGGAAGAGGUAAUCAGGUACAUGAAGGUUGCUCUUUUCUGCACACAGUCAGCAGCAAAUAGAAGGCCAUUGAUGAUACAAUAUUUGCCGCAACCUAGACAGAUCCAUAGUCCAAUAUCAACUACUCCCAAAAGCACAUGAAAGGAUGAAAGAGAAAAGGAGAUAAAAAAUUCAACCAUCGGGAUCUAUUUAAGAAGCACACUAAAUUAAAUUGUAUAAAGCAUAGCUUCCAUAGCACACAAUCACAACAAUCCAAGAUCAGGAGAAUCUGAUGCAAUCCUCUUCAAGAUUUAUCAUCGUUCAAGUUCUUUGAAAACUGCUUGCCUGAUCUAAAAGCCCAACAAGGGUCAAUUUGAGUUUGAUCAAUUGAUUAU